AGAACAGAUUUUAGCUUUAAUGAGGCAGGUACGAAAGACCCCAACGCCAACUACAAUCAACACAACUCCAGAAGCAGCGGAGAUCAGCACAAUCAGAGAUAUUGAGUCUAGAGGACCUGAAGAAGAGUUAAAGUCAAUCAUCAGGUGUUUUUGGUACAGAUGAAGUGUCAGUGUCAGUGAUGGAGGGAGAUUCGGUCACUCUACACACUGAUGCUAAAAUAAACCAAGGGGAAAAUAUCACAUGGUAUUUUAACGACACUCUCAUCGCACAAAUCAAUGGAGAUCUCAGUGAAAGCUGCACUGUUGAUCACUGUAAUGCAGUUACUCUGAUAAUCAAAAGCAGACUGAAACUGCACUGUAGAACUGGAUCUCUGACCAUCACAAACAUCCACAGCACAGAUGCUGGAGUUUAUAAAGUGAAGAUCUCAAACAACACCAGAGAAAAUGACAAGAACUUCAUUAUUGCUGUCGAUAAUCCUAUUAAAGAAGACAUUAUUAAAAAUUAAGGAGAAGAUGUCACUUUAGAUCCUUGUGAAAUGAGAAAAGCAAAUUAUUCGAUGACGUGGUAUUUUUGUGGUGACAUUCUCAUCACUGGAGAUCCCAGUAAAACCUGUAUAGAUGUUCAGUGUGAAGAGCAAUUCAGAGACAAGCUGAAAGUGGAUCAUCAGAAUGGAUCUCUGACCAUCAGAAACAUCAACACCGGAGACUCUGAAGUUUGUAAACUUAAGAUCGUCAUCAGUGACCGAUACGUCAGCAUCAUCAGGCGGAAGAGAUUUAAUGUUAUUGUCAAUUCUGAGCAGAAGGGGAACCAACAGCAAAGUGCUGCAGUGGAGAUUUGCAACGGUGUUUUUCUGACGCUGCUGCUGGCGGCCGCUACAGCGGCUGCUGUCAUGAUUUACCGGAGACUCCACCGGAAACUCAGAGGAACGCCGUGGCAUGAAAACGAUGCUGAUAAUCCUAAUAGCAUUCCUUUGAGGGAGUUCAGAGUUUUAUAAAUCAGACUGAGACUGAAAGAGAGACUGAAGACAAUAAGAAACAUGAAGAAACUGAUGAAAAUGAGUUGAUUCUCUUAUAAAGGUUGAAUGAGAUCCAUAGUGGAUCAAUUCUGGAGUGUAAAGGUGAACAAGCUUCAGCUCACAAAGCAUGAACGAGAAUCAAUGAAGAACCCCUGACCCCCACACAACUGUUCAUCAUUUUUAUUAUUGACUUGUGUUGAUUGAAUUUGAAUUAAUUUAUGUUUUUCUUUAAUUAUUCUACAUUUAUAUAUUUGUUUUUUAAGAAGCAAACAAAUAAAAAUAAACUUGACCAAUGAGAA